UAGGAGAGGUUGUGUUUUUGUUGAGAGUGAGUAAAAAGCGGAGGACGCAGCAGAGAGUGCGAACUCAAAAACUUCGUCCAAAGCUUCGACACACUGCCACUUUUUACCCCUAAAAGUACUCAAAUCAGUUUUCUCUCAACGUUAAAACCAGGAUCCUGCUCAUCAUCUGCCAUGGCUGUGGAAGGUGGAAUGAAAUUUGUCAAAUAUGUACUUUUCUUUUUCAACUUCAUUUCGUUGUUAUGUGGACUUGCACUGAUUGUCGUGGGAAUCGUCGUGCAGGUUUCUGUGCACAAAAGCUUUCAGAUCGUGGACGCCAGCGCCUCUGCAGGCCCCAUUCUGCUCAUCGUGGUGGGCCUUCUGACUUUCUUCGUCGCAUUCUUCGGCUGCUGUGGAGCCUGGAAGGAGAACCACUGCAUGGUCGCCACGUUUUCCUUCUUCCUCUCGUUGGUCGUCAUUGCUGAGAUUGCUGCAGUAGUUCUUGGAUACGUAUACAGAGACAAGGUUAAAACCAUGAUAGAGAAAAAUCUCUCUGAUAUGAUCAAGAACUACAAGUCGGGCUCACAAGAACUCAAAGAAACUGUGGAUAAAUUCCAGACGACUUUGAAGUGCUGUGGCGAUCAGAACUCCACCGAUUGGCAGAAUUACGGUGACGAUGGAAAAACCGUGCCUGACUCGUGCUGCAUAGAGGUCAAACUAGGCUGCGGAAACGGAACCAUGACAAAUAGCACCGUAGUGUACCAACAGGGUUGCCGUGACAUCAUGGUGAAGAUGCUAAAGAAAGACGCUCAGUGGUUGAUAAUUGCAGCUAUCAUUGUUGCUGUCCUCCAGCUUCUGGGCAUCGUGUUUGCUUGCUUGUUGAUGAGAGGCAUCCGCGGCGGCUAUGAAGUCAUGUGAUUGGCAUACAAACAAGUGCUGGCCGGUCGGGCCCUGCUUAUUAGGAACGUCAUUUCAAAAGUUAAUAUUCAAGUUAAAGUUCCCAUUUUAUUUACAGGAUUUUAAGUUUCUCCUUUAUAGCAAAAUUGGGUUUUUUAGUUUCAUGUUGGAUCAUUAUUCCUGCUUUUGUACUGUAAAUACAUAGAGAAAGAAAAGCAUUCAGAGGAAAGCUGAUGAUUGUCUUGGAGUUAAGAGAAAGACUGGAGGUUUUUAAAGCCUGACUCUUUGGAAAGUAUUUUUGAGUUAAGUUUUUAUGUUAUGGUUUCAUUUGUAAUAAAGUCUCCUGAAAUUACAUGGAUUUUCAAUAAAGACAAUUAAGAAAUAAAA